UUGUUGGAAAAUGAGAAAAAAAUUGGUGCCGCAGGAAAAACCGAUUUGUAAUGUUGUUUCUUUGUAUCGAUCUAGAGGGAAUUAUUUGCAGCGCUUGGAGCAAUUCGAGAAAGCGAUCCUCGCAUACAACGAGGCCCUGAGAUGGAAUGAGUCCGACGUCCGAGCUCUCCUCGGUCGAAGUUUAGCUCGGGCCAAAGCGACGCAUUAUGUCGAAGCCCUUGCAGAUGCCGAGAGGGCCACCGAAUUAGAGCCAUCCAACACCACCGCACUACACAUCCGUGCGCAGACCGAAUAUGAGAAGUGUGAGUUUGAGCGCGCACUGGUGUUCGCACACCGCGGCCAGAGGCUGCGGAGAUAUCCCCCACACUUCGACGACUGCGCCAGAUGUGCUGAAGAAACGAUCAGGGAAUGCUGCGACACCAGUGCCAGCAAGGUAUUGGCGUACGCGUCUAGAACGAACAAGCCCGAAGAAACCAGGAGGUCUGUGAGCAUAGAUAUCAAAGGGGACCCUCCGAGACUCACAAGACAAGCGUCACCGUCUAUAGCGGUCCAAGAGAUAUCUCGCGUGCAGAGACAGAAGGCAGAACAUAUAUCUCGUUUAAUGGCGUCCAAAUAUUUGGAGCAAAUGGCCCAUGAUAAACAUUUCCUCACGGCGUUAUGUAGGGACGAACGACUUCGUUCCGCGAACAAACAAGGAUCGGAAAAGCUCCAAGAUUUGGCUAAUAAGGCCCUCGCUGAUAUCGAAAAGAGACAAUCUGUUCUUCGCGAACGGCGUCCUCUAUACGCAGCAGUUGCAGCUGAAGCAGAGGCUAAAGCGAGACUCGCCAAAGCCAGAGCAGAGAGACUCGGCAAAACGCAAAAACAGCACAUUAAAGAUGCGAAGCGCCUCCUGCAAGCUGCCGAGUCGCUGUACACAGAACGAGACACGGCGAAAUGCCUGGAAGCUGUCGAAUUCGGAUUGGAGCAAAUCGCAAGAAUCCCAGCCAAGCUGUUGCCCGGGAAGGACAAGUUUAUCCAGCAAUUACAGAAUAUCGUGGCGCGAGCUUUCUUAGAUCAGAAACGUGUAAAAAAGAAGAUGACGGACGAGGAUAUAGAGCGGCGCGCGUACAUCCUGCUCGGCAUACAGAUAUCGCACGAGCCGAGCCCCCGCGACUCCAUGAUACGUACUCGGCCUCCACAGCCACGGGAUGCUAAACGGCGGCUCCGCGUAUUGGAGAGGGGAUUAUCGCUCGGGCGGGCGGCGGAGCGCUGCUACGUGCUGCACGAGCUCGCGCGCCUACACGCCGACACCAAACGCCCGCACCGAGCGAGGUUCUACGCGCUCAAAUGUCAAGCUGAAGCCCGACAGCAAGAGCAACGCGUUUGGCUGCUGAACGCGACGUUUCUGCUCGCGCGCUGCCAUCUCCAGCACAACAAUGUGCCCGAGGCCCGCGCGACGCUCUUAGAAGGCGCCGCGUUCGCCAGGUCCUUUGGAUACCACGAUGUAGCGACGUUCUUUGAUACUUGUGUAAACAUAGCGAUGGAAGGAGAGGUAGAGAUGUCGGACGCCAUAUUGGCCAAGCGCGAGAAGGCCAUGGUCAGCCUCAUGCAGGAUGAGGAUAUGAAGAAGGAGGCAGAACAUCUGUUCCGAAGGAUGUCAGUUAUACCCACUGAGAGACGUUUCUCCGUCCUCCCCGGCAGUCGUCCGGACGAGUCCGGUCCGCGCAAGUCUGUCCGGCGUCUGUCCAUCAUGCCGCGCGCGCAGCCGCCGCCGCGACACACCAAAACACACCACCCACUUGGGUUCCAGGAUUUUGAUAUUUGAAUUUAGAAUUUUUUGAUGAAUUAAAAUUUAUAUUGUA